AUGAGGACUCUUUGGACCAAGGUAGGUGUGUUUGGUUCGAUGUCCAUGGCUUUUGGCUCAUUGCUGUGGUCACAGAAGAAGACUGAGUCGGACCAGGUUUUUUCCAGUUGCUCCUCUGCUGACACAAAUCUCGCUUCUCCCUAUGAACUGAAACUUGUCCAAGUCCUUUUCCGACAUGGUGCUCGAACUCCGCUUAAAUCAAUACCUGAUGUGAUAGAGGCUCAAUGGGUGCCAGCCCUGUUGGAGCCUCCAGCGCACACCCACAUCAACCAUGUAGUGACAGAUCUUCAUGGUGGCCCCAGGCCCCCAGCUCCUGUAGAAGACAGCUACCGGAGAAACAUACUGACCGGUGGUACAUUCCCUGGUCAGCUGACAACAGUGGGCAUGCAGCAGCUGUAUGAGCUGGGCAAGAGGCUGAGGAGGAGAUACAUUGAGGAGACUGGCUACCUCACCCCCACCUUCAGUCCAGCUGAGGUCUAUGUGCGCUCCACUAACAUUGUGAGGACCAUUGAAUCUGCCAAGUGCCUAGUCGCAGGACUCUUCCAGCAAAAACAAAAAGAAAUUGUACCUAUAGUAACAACGGGGGCGGAAUCUGAAAUCCUGUAUCCUAACUACCAUGGAUGCAAGCUGCUCAAAAUCCUUGGCAGCCACCGUUGGGCAGAGUCGUCCACUCUGCCAGACAUUGCAGCGGACCUGCAGAGCAUCCAGAAUGCACUGGGCAUCGCUGCUCACCAGCCCGUAGACUUCAUCCUCAUUAGGGACGACAUGGUUGCCAGAGAGACACACGGCCUCCCCUGCCCACCAGUGCUGAACACCUGGAGAAACACAGUGGAACAGAGAGCUGUGGACAUGAUGUGCCACAUCUAUGAACCCAGCAAGAGGGAGAACUUGCAGCUGUGUGUGGGACCCCUCCUGAACAUGUUGUUAUUCAACAUUGAGGAGAAACUACAGGGCACGACUUCAGAGCCAAACAGGAAGUUGUUCUUGUAUUCCGCACACGACACCACUCUGAUACCCUGUCUGAUGGCUAUGGGGAUUUUUGAUAUGAAAUGGCCUCCGUAUGCAGCUGAUAUCACUCUGGAGCUGCACCAACACCGGCAGACCAAUGAGGCCUUCAUUAAAGUGUCAUACUUAGGCCAGGAUCAUCUUCUUCCAGGCUGUAGUGGAGUCUACUGCCCCCUGCAGGAGUUCAAGCAGGCCCUGUCAGCAUACUCCCUCAGCUCUGAACUCUACCAGUCACUUUGUAACAGCACAGAGGGCAUGACCGAGCCCUGAACCUUUAACAAGCCUUCACAUGUGAACACAGUGCAACCCAUGGCAUAAACUCCGUCACCACGCAUCAUGAAUUCAGCAUCCUUAGUAAUCACUCCAUCCAGCAGACUGCACCAGCAGAAACUUUUUUUAACACUGGAUUACAACCAUUUUUUAUAGCAAUCUUGUAGUUUAGAUCAGUCUUUCAAUUUUGCAAUUCAUCAUCCAUGUAACCGUGGCAGAUGAAUGUUCCGUUUAGAUAAAUUAGUUAAUUUAAUGGUAUAUUGACAAGUGUAUGUGCAGAAUGAUUUUGCUAUGCACACUAUACCUGAUAUCAGAUGCUAAGUGCAUAGUUGUCUGUCUGCAUGCACUUAAUCUGUUUGGCUUGAUAAUUAAAACUGUUAUUUUUAUUUUUUGUACUGUCUCUUAAUUCCAUAAGAAGACCAGAACCAACAAUGUGUUGCAUACAGGCAAUGCAAGAGUU